ACAAUUUUCUAGCUGUUGGAGACAAUUGUGAAGAAUUGUGGGGAAGUUGUCCAUGCGUAUGUUGCUGAGAAAGAUGUGCUUCGUGAAAUGGUGAAAAUUGUCAAAAAGAAGCCUGACUUCCAUGUAAAAGAGAAGGUAUUAGUUCUGAUAGAUACUUGGCAAGAAGCUUUUGGAGGACCAAGGGCAAGAUAUCCUCAAUAUUUUGUUGCAUACCAGGAUUUAUUGCGUCUUGGGGCUGUAUUCCCUCAAAGAUCUGAGGGAUCAGCACCUGUUUUAACACCCCCGCAAACACAUCCUCUGACAUCUUAUCCGCCAAAUCUUCGCAAUCCAGAAUCCAGACAGGAUGCAGCUGAGUCUUCUGUAGAAUCUGAAUUUCCAACUUUGAGGUACCUUAUCAUGAUUGGCAUUAUUUCAUAUUCUUUUUCUGCCUUUUUCUCAUUGAAAUUGACACCUGAGUGUCAUCCUUUUGGAAAGAAUGGAUAAUAAAUUGAAUGCUUU